AGCUUGGAAGGGAGCUUAGCCUGGCCUGUGGUCCUGCGUGUGCCUAGGCGGCCUCGAGCCUGUCCAGCCAGGACGGACCCCACUGGACAAUCCACACCUCUGAGGCUGGUAGAGAGCAAGGCUGAGCAAGGAGAAGAGAGAAGACUGAGGUGCCUGGGGGUGGGAGCAGGAGGCGAGGCCUCACAGGGGAGGUCAGGGGCUGUGGCCAUCUGAGUAUAAACAGUCCAGAGGAGCUGGCCCUUAGGGCUUGCAGCUGCGGAGCUCCUCGGGGUCUGUCCUCUCAGGCCCCAGCAGCACAGCACAUCUGGGCACAGGCUGGCCACAGGUGAGCACCUGCCCUGGUAGCUCUGACCAGACUCCCUUAGCACCUGGUCACUGAUGCUCUCUCAGCCAGCCAUGCUGCUAGGUGGCCUCCUCCUCCUGCUGGCCUCUGUGACUGCAGUCCAGUGGAGGGGCCUAGCAGCCAGUGGGCGCCGCCAAACCCACCGGGUCCAGCAUGGCCAAUGUAGCUACACCUUUGUGCUGCCUGAGCCUGAGCCCUGCCCACCAGAGCCUGAGGCCUUCGGGGGUUCCAACAGCCUUCAGAGAGACUUGCCUGCCUCAGGGCUGCAACUGGGAGACUGGAGGGCCCAGCGUGUGCGCCAGCUGGAGAAGAUGCUGGAGAAUAACACUCAGUGGCUUCAGAAGCUGGAGCAGUCCAUCCAGAUGAACCUGAAGUCAAAUCUGGCACAGGCCCAGCAGCACGUGGUCCAGAACCAGACCACCACCAUGCUGGAGCUAGGAGCCAACAUCGUGAACCAGACCACAGCACAGACCCGCAAGCUGACCUCCGUGGAAGCGCAGGUCCUGAACCAGACAUCACGCAUGGAGAUCCAGAUGCUAGAGAGUGCACUAUCCACCAACAAGCUGGAGAAGCAGCUGCUGUUGCAGGGCCACGAGCUGCACCGGCUUCGGGGCCAUAACAGUGCACUGGAGACAAGGCUGCAGGCUUUGGAAGCACAGCAGCAGGCAGAGCUGGCCAGCCUCCAGGAGCAGAGGGAGCAGCUUCGCAGCCUCCUAGGCCACCAGAGUGGAGCGCUGGCUGGCCUGGAGCGCAGCCUACGUGCGGUCAACAGCAACUCCAGCUUCCUACAGCAGCAGCAGCAGCAGCUGGUAGAGUUUGUACAGCGCCUGGUGCGCAUUGUGGCCCAGGACCAGCGCCCCACCUCCUUAAGGGCACCUGAGCAGUUGUUCCAGGACUGUGCAGAGAUCCAACGCUCUGGAGCCAACAUCAGCGGCGUCUAUACCAUCCACGUGGGCAAUAUGACAGAACCCCGCAAGGUAUUCUGUGACAUGGAGACUAAUGGAGGUGGCUGGACCCUCAUCCAGCGCCGGGAGGAUGGCCAUGCAAAUUUCCAGCAGACCUGGAAGGGAUACAAAGAGGGCUUUGGUGACCCGGCUGGGGAGCACUGGCUGGGCAAUGAGGUGGUGCACCAGCUAACCAGCAGAAUGGCCUACUCACUGCGUGUGGAGCUGCAAGACUGGGAAGGCCAUCAGACCUAUGCCCAGUAUGAGCACUUCCAGCUGGGCAGCGAGGGGCAACAGUUCAGCCUCUCUGUGAGUGGGAGCAGCGGCUCAGCAGGGCGUAAGAACAGUCUGGCUCCACAGGGCACCAAGUUCAGCACCCGUGAUAUGGACAAUGAUAACUGCGUGUGCAAGUGUGCUCAGAUGAUGUCUGGAGGGUGGUGGUUUGACGCCUGUGGCCUCUCCAACCUCAACGGCAUCUACUACCCAGCUCUUCAACACAGGCGCAAGCUCAAUGGCAUCCGUUGGCACUACUUCCAGGGUCCCAGCUACUCACUACGUGCUACACGCAUGAUGCUGCGGCCAAUGGGUGCCUGACAUGUAGCCCUGCAGAGGCUGAUGAUGCAGGAGACCACAGCCCAGAUGCCCCAGCACAAGCUGGACCCAGCCAGAUCCAGUGCCAGGGAUUCAUCCUUGACAUGCUGGGCCACCAGAGACAGCUUACUUUAUCCACAAAGUCCAAAAGAGUUACCUGCUACCUAUGCCCCCCUCUUUGCGAAAUAUCAGGUAUGUGGGGUACUGCCCCUGUGGUACCCACACCCUUCUCUUUCCUGCCACCUGCAGGGACUCCCUGCCAUGACCUGAGGCAGUCCCUGGAGAGGAGUGACUCUUGGUGGGAUUGUAGCAGGUGAAAGGAGCCUGCAUGUGAAGUGUGCCCUCAUCCAAAAGAGGCUCAGAGUCUGGCCCCCUUUCUUCUCCAAUUCCAACUUGCCUAGCCGUGAGAUGCCUGUGGACUUCCUUUCCAUGUCUUGAGGGGCUGUACCCACCUCCAGUGCUAACCAGUAUUUCCCCUCAGUGCUCCCUGGCUCCUGAACUGCAAUGACAAACACUCAGACCUGUUCUCUCAGGGCUUCCGGAGGUCUAAGAGGGCUCUUUUUACCCCCAGCAUGCCCUAAAGUGUGUCCGAUAGGUAAUAACUAGGGCUCCUCUCUAAAGUACCUAGGGCCAAGUGAGAAAGAAACAGCAGG